GUGUCAGGAAUAGAAUAACCCAGAUUAAUCUAUUGCGCACGGCCAGGCUCUAGAAGGGGGGGUUCUGGUUGCUGAAAAAAAUCGGUGUUAUUUGUAGCCAGCAGGGAAACAAAACCUCACCUGAGACUGCCAGGCUGGGAGAUAAGUGACCUGAGACACCGACGGAUACAUCGUAUAGAUCAGCCAUUGUGCACCUAUCUAGCUUUGGCAGGAGGAAUGGCGUUAGAUUUCCUGGCAGGAUGCGCUGGAGGUGCAGCUGGCGUGUUAGUAGGGCAUCCCUUUGAUACCGUUAAGAUCCCCCCUGUAUCCAGCUGAUGGCAUCUUGUGUAAUCUUGCUGGAUUCCUGUGUGUAUAUACCAACACCCCACAACUCCGUAAGGUCCGCCUACAAGUUCAGAGCGUCUCAAAACCACUCUACCGAGGAACCAUACAUUGUUUUCAGUCGAUUAUCAAGCAGGAAUCUACUAUGGGACUGUACAAAGGGGUUGGCUCCCCUAUGAUGGGACUUACGUUCAUCAAUGCUCUUGUGUUUGGUGUCCAAGGUAACGCCAUCCGAUAUCUGGGACAAGACACACCGUUAAAUCAAUUUCUUGCGGGCGCUGCAGCUGGUUCCAUCCAAUGUGUGAUUUGCUGCCCCAUGGAGUUGGCAAAAACCAGAAUGCAACUUCAGGGAACAGGUGAAUACAAAUCAAGGUCCAAAACCUACAAAAAUUCAUUAGACUGUUUGGUAAAAAUCCACCGUAAAGAGGGCUGGAAAGGUAUCAACCGAGGUAUGGUAACCACGUUCCUUAGAGAAACACCAAGUUUUGGAUUUUAUUUUUUAACAUAUGAUUAUCUAACAAGAUAUCUAAGUUGUGAACCCAAUGAUAAACUAAUUAUUCCAAAGCUGUUAUUUGCUGGGGGCAUGUCUGGAAUUGUAUCCUGGUUGUCAACCUAUCCCAUUGAUGUGAUCAAGUCACGGCUUCAGGCUGAUGGCGUUGGAGGAGUGAACAAUUACAAUGGAAUCUUAGACUGUGUUAGGAAGAGUUACGAGGUAGAAGGCUGGAGAGUCUUUACUAGAGGACUGACUUCUACUUUGCUUCGAGCCUUCCCAGUCAAUGCAGCCACGUUUGCCACUGUUACGAUGUUUCUUAUGUACAUGAGAGGGGAAAACAACAUCAACGAAUGCGAGGCAGGACCAGCAAUACAACAGCCAACCAGCAUGUGAAUAAUCCUCAGCUUGUGUGAAAACAAUACCUUGUAGAAAGAGAUUUUUAUAUUAGUGCUGUAUACAUUUAAUGUACAUAAAUUUUAUGUAUAAUUUGUUUUUGUAUUGUAUUUUAGACAGGUCUUCAUCUCCAUUAGUUGGCAACUAGACUGUAUCAUUGAAUCACCAAUAUGCAUUUUGCAAUGUAAAUCAAUAUUUGGAUUCUGGAUAAUAACAAUAUUACCGGGAAGUAUUCCCAAAACAACAGUAUAAAUAUUAUAAUUAUAGCAUAUUUUAAAUGUGCAAUAUAACUCUGUAUAUGCUUUUGAGUGUUGGGAAAAACAUAUAUAUACACAUACAUACGUAUAUAUGUGUGUGUAUUUGUGUAUAUAUAUAUAUAUAUAUAUAUAUAAUAUAUAUAUAUAUAUAUAUAUAUAUAUAUAUAUAAGUACUGGUCAAUGUGACAUUCAUUUCUGUCGAAAAUCCUUUUGGUAGGCAGUUAUACUGUAUUUUAAUUGUAGAACAAAUCUUUCAUUCCUAUAUAUAAAAGUGUAUGUUUUUAUAUAUUUAUAAUGGAUGAACAACCAAACUCCUCUGAAAGCUGAACUGAUAGGUCAAUGUAAUUGUGGCGUUACCUAAGGAACCUGUACUGUUUAUGACAAUAUGUGAAUAUCUAUAUCAAAGAUCAUUUGGGGCUACUGAAUUCAAAUAUUUAUUUAUAUACAAUGUUUUACUUAUUCAGACAAUAUAUUUUAAUUUUUGGUAGAAGUUUUAAAUUGUACAGAUUUUAUGUCCUAGAAGUUUUUUGCUCAUUAAUGUUACCCAUAGUAGAUUAAAUACAAAAAAAAUAUUCUUUAAUAUUUGAACUGAUAAUAAAAAUUGUAUAGAUCCUGUAAAUUCAAUAUGUAACAUAGGGCCACAAUAAAAUGCAUUACAACAUACGAUCAUGGCCAAAGAGUUUAAGGACCAUUAAUUGUAUUAAUCAACAGAUGCAUAAUACUAAAACAAUGGAAUAACACUUAUUUUAAGUUUUAAAGGAGCAGUGGAUUUUUUUCUGACAUUUUCUUUUCCUUUUCGUUUUCCUGUCCCCUGUGUCACGACAGGUGUCAGCCAAUCAAACUCAUAUAUGUCUAUAUCUUCCUUUUAUCUAUCACCUAUAAAUAGAACAAAUCUAUCUAUAUGGACCCCUUUAUCUAUUACCUAUCUACAUGUGUGCCAUCCAGAUACACCUGGUGAAAAAUGUCACAUUCUACAGUAAAGAUACCUAAGCAUUUGUGAAUUCUUUCCGAAUGGCUAUAAAUUAAAAAUAUUUGAAUUGUUAUAUAGACAAUUAAAAUAUAUAUGGAAAUGGUGCAAUAUGAAUAUAUAUAUAUAUUUCUUUCAUAAAAAAACAAACAGACAAAAACAUGGAAAGAAUACAUUUUAUAUAUUUAUUUUAUUCUCGAGCAGUUUUGAUGCCAAUUGGUCUUAGAAAUGUUGCAUAUGUAUGUAUUAUGGGUAACCAAUAUAUUAAAAAGCUGGCUGCACCAAUGGCUUAAAAAUAUUGUAUGUUUUUAAGCAGAGAGGAAUUUUUUUUCCCUUUUUGUUUUCGAAACAAAUAUCACUGUAUUUUCUUAAUAAAAUAAAUUCUAAUAUUUA